UAACUUAAUCAAUUAAUCGCCGUGCUAUCUGUUGAACUCAGCUCAUCGGGGGGACACCCGCGGGAGCACUUAGGAGCUCGCACACCAACGUCACCUCAUCGAUUUCAGCCUACUCAUGCCCACAAACACAGCCAUAGAAACUGUAUCUGAGGGACGAGGUGGAGGAAAAAUCGGCGCAAAUUCUAUAAAUUUAAGGCGCCAGUUGCUGCAGUUGGUAGUUCUAUACCAAGGGUAGCGGAUAGUGGACUCGCAGUAGAGUUCUCGUGCCAAAUAAAGUGUUUGGGGUUAAAAGGUAUUCAUUCAAAGGCAUGUUUACCCAAUCCUCGGACUUUGUUUAUGCUAGUAAACUAAUACCACCUUUGGAAUAAUCAAUACUCCUUCGCUUUCUUUACAAGUGCCAAGUUCGAACAAACCUCAACCAAAAUGAAUAAACUCUUUACAAUUUUGCCAUUCCUUAUGGGAACGCUGAUGCUUUCUUCUGCGGAAAUAUCCACACCCAUCAUAGGAAUCCUGACCCAGGAGGUUUACCCUGAUGGCCUGAUCUCGCGUCACUUCGAGAACAAGACUAGUUAUAUUGCCGCUUCGUAUGUGAAGUAUCUAGAAGGAGCUGGGGCCCAAGUGGUGCCAAUUUGGAUUGGUCGCAAUCGCAGCUACUACGAAGAUCUCAUGCAGAAGAUAAACGGGGUUUUGUUACCUGGCGGGGCUACUUGGUUUAAUCAGAGCAACGGGUAUGCCGAUGCCGGCGAGCAUCUCAUCCAGUUGGCUAUAGAAUUGAACGAUCGGGGAACCUUCAUGCCGGUUUGGGGCACUUGUUUGGGAAUGGAAUUGUUGGUAUACAAGCUGGCAAACGGACCAGAGCAUCGCAUCGACUGCAAAGGAAAGGGAAUUGCACUCCCCAUGGAGUUUAAAGACGACUACGCCAAAAGCCGACUUUUUGCCUCCAUUAGUGACGAUAUUGUAAGCCUCAUGGUCAGGGAAAAUGUCACCUACCACUGGCAUCAGUUCUGCUAUACCGAAGAGGACUUUGCACAGGAUCACCUAAACGAAACAUGGCGAGUUAUAUCCCUCAAUCGUGACCUAGACGGAGUCGAGUUUAUUUCUACAAUGGAGCACUUGAAGUACCCGUUUUAUGGCGUCCAAUUUCACCCAGAGAAACCACUUUACGAGUUCACCAAGACGAGUAUUCCUCAUACAUCUGCUGCCGUUUUGAGUGGCCAAUUCUUUGCCGAUUUCCUUGUAAACGAGGCGAGGAAAAGUCCGAAUAGCUUCUCAAACUCUACGGAACAGGCCAGGUCGCUAAUUUACAACUACAAUCCGGAGUACACAUCGAUUCUGGGGUCUUCCUAUGUGCAGCAAUAUUUGUUUACCAAUAAGGAAAUGGGAAUUGAAGUUCCCGAAAUACCGGAUGAGGGUGGCGAUGGAGAGGGGACUAACUACUAUCCUCCCUACUAUGACCAGAAUGCUGGUGGAGGUGCUUCUGGUAUAGUGCCAGUUAGUGGCUUACUCCUCACUAUGCUGUUUGUAGCAAUAAACUGAUUCAUUCAGUUGACUCCUAUAUUUGCUGUUCUUGCCUGGAAAGAAUGUGUUCGCCCUUCGGCACUCGAUACUACAUGAGGACCUAAUACUGUUUGUGAUUUACUCGAUUUUAUACCGCUGUCAACAUGCUAUUAUUUAAAAUGUGUCAUAUAUGUAUAAAAUAGAAACAUAUUUAUCAUCAUUUGAGGUUUAAAAGAUAAUAAACACGAUUCAAUUGAUAUUA